UUUAUCUGAAAACCGGUGAUUGUGCUGUUUCAUUCCUCUAAUUAACUACCAUGAAAUAUAAAAACCAAUCGUGCCUCUCUCUAAGAGCUUUCUCUCAAAGCUCUUUCAGAUUCUUCCAUAUUUCAUUAUCCUUCAUUCAAGAUGCCUCAGGGAACCCUUGAAGUUUUUCUUGAAUAUGCCAAAGGCCUUGAGAACACAGAUUUUCUCUCUAACAUGGACCCUUAUGUGAUCCUCACAUGUCGCACCCAAGAACAAAAAAGCAGUGUUCAAACAGAUAAAGGAAGUAAUCCAAAGUGGAAUGAAAAUUUCAUAUUCAACGUUUCUGAAGGCGUUAACGAACUGAGAUUAAAGAUCAUGGACAGUGAUUCCAUGUCUGCAGAUGAUAUCGUGGGAGAAGUUACCAUUACGUUGGAUGACUUGUUCAAGGCAGGGAGCAUUCCACCAACUUCAUACAAUGUUGUGAAGGAUGACCGUUAUUGUGGGGAGAUUAGAGUUGGCCUCAUUUUUAAGCGUCAGGAACGCAGAGAACGCGGCAUGGAGGAAGAUUUUGGGGGAUGGAAGGAGUCUCGUUGCAUAGACUAAAUGUAUUUACUGCACUUCUGAGUGUUUGAGUAUUAUUUGUUGUGUGAGGAGACAUUAGCAUUAAUAAGAGAUAAAGUUAUGUAAAAUAUAUUUGUUUAUUUAUUUAUUGACAAUUAUUAGUUGUUUA